AUGCACGCCAAUGACGUCCCAAUGGAGAAGAUCCAGGCGAAGGUGUCCCAUCGCUUUGGUUCAGAUGUGACCGACAUCUAUUUGCGAGAGCUGCCGCCUACGGACAUUGGAGCUGCCGUGUUUGGUGGCCAGUCGCGGAUGCCCACUGCUAUCCACCUUCAUCCCUUGGCCAGUCGCUCCCGUACGUCGCUCGCCGCCGGCCCGGCGUUUAGGCCCGCCUCAUCCAAUCUGGCACCCACACCUGUGUCCUUCCCAAUGUCCCACCACGAGUAUAUCGCUGUCACAAAGGACGUGCUCCUGGGCAUCUCCGUGUUCGGGCCCGCUGCUUGGAAUGCUGUUACCAUCGACUCGUCGCCAACGUCUACACACGGCCUCUUCUCAAAGUACCCAAUGUUGCCCCCAAUCGCCAACUUCGGCCCUUUCCUCGAUCCGCCUCCUUUCUCGUACACGCUUCGCGACAGCCAGGACACGGAAUGCCUAGACUUGGAAGUGGUUUCCAUGGCUAUCGACCUCGAGCUUCAUAAAGCUGGACGGUUCUCCUGCUCCUGUGACGAGUCGUCCCACUCGCGUUCCGUGGUUCUCGAGCACCUCGUCGAGUAUCACAGUCUGUGGAUCCCCGAGAAUGUCGCCAAGAUCGUAUCUGCAAUCUUGGACGACGACAUGGACGUGGUGGCUACUCUACUUCCGCGACCGACGUACUCUUUCGCCGCCGCCUGCUGGGACGAGCCAUACGGGGUCCGUGUUGACAUUUCCAUCCCCGACAUUGUCCUCGCAUCCGGUUCCCUUGAGACGGACCUCGGUGCUGGCGGAGAGGCCGACUACACCUAUAGUGGUUGA